GAGCCAUUGGGCGCCGCUCUCCAAGGCCACGCCGACUCCGUUAACACUGUUGCAAUCUCAUCAGAUGGAAAUCACAUUGUGUCCGGUUCAAGUGACAGGACGAUCCAGGUGUGGGAUAUGGCAACUGGCGAGGCAGUGGGUGCCCCUUUCCGAGGGCACACUGACUCCGUUAAGUCAGUCGCAAUCUCGCCCGAUGGCAAACACAUCGUGUCUGGGUCAGACGACAAAACCAUCCGGGUAUGGGAUAUAGAAUUUCUCAACCGGAACCACCCUUCCACGCCUGCAAUAUGUUUUUCACCUAACCCAACCCACGCUCUUCAUUCUGCCUCCUCCUUUCUCCAAGACUCUUCCACCCCAGCCUCUUUCAUUGCAAACGAGGAAGGAUGGGUUGUCGGUCCCGAAGGACGGCUUCUUCUCUGGAUCCCACUCAAUUUCCAUCCGGUGAUGUAUGCCCCAGGCAAUACUCUGGUGAUAGCCAACAAUCCCCUGCAACUGAACUUGAGUUGUGUCGCGCAUGGCACGUCUUGGCACAAGUGUCGGGAAUAGGAGGUUAUCCUGUCUUCGUGAUUAUAUAUCUUGAUUUUUACAAUACACGUUUGCCUUGGUCAAGUUUUAUUCCUGUCUUUUCGUCGUGUACAAGUUUCGCUGAUACACAAUGUUUUCAUGAUGCCCCGAGUCGUACUAGCUGUGCAUUAUGAUUUCUACACGUACUACCGCUUCCUACGUUACGUUGCGAAUCACAUCUUUUUUCCUGUAGUCGUCGGAAUAGUGGGCAGUGGCUUAGGCGAGAAUCUGCUGGACAAGCCAGUAUUACCAUUACUUGUCCCUGUCAUGUGUUGAGUGAACGCGAAUGAUAGUGAGUACCUAGAUGAUGCAUGUUCGGUUCGAUGACUCGCAUC